CCCUCUAGGACCGAGACAUUCUGACUUAAUUUCCGGGGUCUCCGUCACGUUGGGUUGAACGGGACGAUUCCAGUUAGCUGUUCUGCGGUGUUUCUUUUGGCCAGAAUUGUAUUAGUUUUUGGAUUUUGGAUUUUUUCGUGAUGUAAGCGCGUGCUGUCUCUUUUGGUUGUGUCUGUUUGAGAGCGGGCCCCCAAAUUGCACUUGGUACUGUGUUUGUUGCUCUUUGCUAGCGUCAUGUCGGUCUGGAAAUUUUAUAGGCACACAGAGCAUUUUGUAGAUUUGAGCAAGUUAGUGCCCGUUUUAGAGUUCCAGAUUGUUCACCUACGAUAAAUUAAUCUACAGUAAUCUACAAUAAGUUUCUGAGGAGGAAAUGUGGAGAUAGUCUGCAAUUUUAAAUCUAGAAGUGGCGAGGUUGAUUUAUGUUGGCUCCUUUCCCUUUUGGUCUUUUCACCAGCUAGAAGUCCUUUAUGAUGUCACUAUACCUAUAUACGGAUUUUCACUUAGGUCUAGUCUUUCAUCCUUCCCUGCUAUCUGCGGUUUGUCUGAGACUCCUCCCCCUUUCCCCUUAAAGAUAAACAAACAUUAAAAACAACAACAACAAAAACAAGAAGCUGAUCAUGGUGUGAUGACACUGUUUCCCAUGUGAGUUCUUCUAAAAAAUAUUUCUGACUAGGGAGAGGAGUAUCAAGGAGUUAUCAAAUGCUCAGUGCUGAAACGUUUUUGUUGGAGAAAUGUCUUCAGAGUCAGAAAAGGAUAGAGACAGGCUGGUUCAAGCUGCCCAAAAGUUCUUCUUUCACAUGCAAGAUCUUGCUUCCUUCACUAACAUACUUAUUGAAUUGUUUAACUGCAGUAUGAAUACUCAGAUCAACCACAUGACUGUGAAAGAAGAUGAUAAUGUUAAGGAUGUCUUUGAACAAAUGUUCAAAAUUUUAAAGGAGAUGCGAUCUGUACUGGAGGCAAAGUAUGACCAAAUGCAAAAGGAACCUUUAUGUUCCCAGAUCGACGCUGUUUGUUCCAUAGUUGAGAAGAACACCAAUGUAAAGGAGUUGCAUCAGUCAGCUAAAGAAAUGUUCAAAAAUGUCCACACACCAAUCAUUGUCUCUGUGCUGAAUAGUAGUAACAUCCUGGGGAGUUUAGAAUCUUCUGUCUCACCCUUGAUGAAAUAUCCCAUCAUGAAUCUUCGGUUAAGUGACCUCUAUAGAAAAGACACCAAGGAGCAAUCAGAUGCCAUCACAUCUGAGAAAAGCACAAGUCCAGGGCCACCCCAAAUCAGUACAAUAGACACCUUGAAGAAGUUGCAGGGUGCGCCGAAAAGUGAGCAAACCAAGAAUACCAUCAAGUCCACUGCAGAUCAGCUGGAGCAAAUUGUCAAAGCUUUGCUACCAAUCUUAGAGGUCCUCCAAAAAGUCAUAAGCACUAUGGAAACCAAGACACCUGUGCCUAAGAAGACCAAUGACCAGUAGGAGUGCUCAUUUCUGUCAGAGAAUCAGUUUGAGUCCUGUGAAAUUUUGGAGUAUGUUCUAAGACCUUUCAUGCUAGAAAUGUGUUAUGUUGAGACAUAAGUGCAAAGAGUAGUCACGCAACAGACCAUUUACCUUGAAUUUUGCUUUAUUCAAAUAAAAAUAAUCAAAGAAA